CCGCGGUAUCAAAGGGAUGUCAGUGCGCGUCCCACCCUCGUGUGGUGCGCUUCAGAGUUCUUGAAACCUCGUGGAUGAUGCGUCGAUCAGUGACAAAUACAUUUUUCAAGAUUACACCUCGCAAUGGGAAAUAGUCAAAAGCUGGGAGCGCAAUUUUUCAGAAAGGCUGACCCAGUUCACGGGUAGAGGAACCGGACAUUCUCUUCGGCGCGAUGAAUUCGAUCGGCCGAGAGGGCGGAAGAUGUUUCCACGCGAGGUCAGACCAAUUGUGAACCGGUGGCAGAGACGGGCAUGGACACUAAGACUCCACCGAUCCCGUUGAAGGUCCAGGAGAAGCCAAAACCGAAGCAGCAGAAAAGUGUGGCCGACGUGUCCUUGCCCCCGCUGACACCAUACAGGAAUCAUCGUCAGAGGCAGAAAACGCCUGGAACUCAGUGGUCGCGUGAUGUGCCCAGCGCCGUACGGUAUCAGGAUCAUCAGAAAAAAAGGCCUUACAGAGUGCUUCAAAUCGGCGCCACGCCUUUGAUGCACGCUUGCCAACAGGGCGACAGAGCCAGGGUUUUAAGGCUGUUGAGAGAGCAAGAGGAGACGAUUGGCUACAGAGAUCGUACCCUGAGGAACGCACUUCACUAUUGCAUGGACGCUGGAACCGCAGGUGCCGUCGCGGCGGCGGCACCGGAACUGGUAAAUGCGCCAGACGCAGAAGGACAUACGCCGCUUCAUUUGGCUGUCAUCGCAGGUGAUACGCAAUUAGUGGCUGUUUUAUUGGCAAACGGCGCCGACGUGAAUGCCAGGGAUCUGGAGGGACACAGUGUUCUUCAUUGGGCCACUGUGUGCGGGGAAGCAGAAUGUGUUCGCUUGGUGUUAGCGGCGGGUGCUCGGCCAUCCACACCCGAUCUUCGCGGAGGAUCUCCUCUUCACUAUGCCGCUCAAUGUUGUGGUGCAGCUGCGACUGCGGAACUUGCUGUACCUAAGAAAGUUGGUUUAAAAGUUCUCCAGACUCUGCUGGAAUUCGGUGCCGAUGUGAAUGCGAAAGACGAAGAUGGAAGACAGCCGAUUCUAUGGGCGGCAAGUGCCGGUAGCGUGGAAGCUGUGUUGGCUUUAGCGAGAGCCGGUGGCUCAGCUGCCGCAGGAGCUGCAGACAAGGAUGGCCUGACAGCACUUCAUUGCGCUGCUUCCAGAGGUCACGCUAGGUGCGUCGAGGCCUUAGUGAAUCUCUGCGGUGCUCACCCUGAUCACGUAGACGAUAAUGGAUGUUCAGCCCUACAUUAUGCUGCCACUCUUGGUCACGCUGAUGCCACAGCCUUAAUUCUAAAGUUAGGAGCCGAUCCGAAUCGGCAGGAUCGAAAGGGUAGAACACCAGCACUUUGUGCGGCAGCGAAAGGACAACUGGAAACCUUGAAGAUUCUUGCCCAGCACGGUGGUUCUCUUUACGCGAGAAGUGUACGAGGAACCGGUGUCGCCCAUGAAGCUGUUGCUUCCGGUAGGAUCGAAUUAAUCAAAUGGUUGGCGAAAAAACGGCCAAGCACUUUGGACGUUGCCACGCAAGAUGGCAAGACACCUUUGCACGUGGCUGCACUUCACGGACAUUUGGAUGUGUGCAAGGUUCUUCUGGACAAUGGCGCGAGGAUCAAUGCUGUUCUCCGAACUAGCAAAGGCAAUCUGAUGACAGCUCUGGACGCGGCGCUUUACAGGGGACACAGGGAUUGUGCGAAAUUGAUCCAAAUGCACGGUGGUACUACGGCACAGAAAUUGAGGAUGCAGAAAACUGUGCCGAAUAAAGUAUUCUCAACGAAAUUGCGAAUGAGGCAUCUGGAUAGCAGCACCGAUACGGAAAGCAGUCCCCGUAGACAAGAUCGUAGUUGCAAACUUCCGGAAUUAUACUACGAGGAGCAAUGGAUUAAGAAGAGAACGCGACGAAGAGGAAAUUUAAGAAAGUUGGCGCGCCAGGAUAGCCGGAGCUUCAGCGAGGAAGAGGUUAGAUUAUCGAAGUCAUCCUCGAAAAAAGAUCAUCAAAGGAGAGCUCGUAGCGAAUCAGCACGGUACGAAGAAAAUGAUACGGAUCGAAAAUUGAGAAGGGAAAGAAGUAAAAAACGAUCAUCGAAAUCCAGACACGACUCAAGCGGAUCAUCCUCAGAGUCAGGCAGCUACGAACGCGCUAAAGACACGUCGAAGCAAAAAUUCGAUUCGAGAAAAGACGAGAGCAAAACUAAUGGAACGGAGGGUUCAAAGAGAGGCGACGACGACGAAAGCGUGAGCGACGAUAGCCUGGAAGUGGUGGUGGUACGAAAAUCUUUGGAGAGGAAAUGCGAGAAGGUGGUGUCUGGAAGAAGAUCAAAGACACCCAGGGAAAGUUCAAGAGAAACGAAAUUCACAAAGACUCACAGGAGCACCAGAAGGAAAUUGAAAUCCAGCAGAUCGAAAACAUCGGACAAUGGCGAGAGUGCAACCGAUCGAAUGCAUUCGCUGGACAAAGAACAAGGGCCAACAGAAUCAACGCUUCACAGCGAACAAACACCUAGAACAUCGAUAGACGAGGAAAAGCAAAACGAAGGGAACAUCGUUGAAAGUCGAUAUCGUAGGGACGUGACCGACAGCACCAGCCAAGAAACGGUGGAACGCGUCGUUGUGACAGCGAUGGUCCAUAAAGAUCAAGGUCCAGAUACGCCAAAAUCCGUAGCGGAAGCUUCGAAGGAAGUCACCUUCGACGACAGAUUAAGAACGGAAGUGAUCGAGAUGCAAGAAAUAGCGGGAGACGUUAGUUCAGGCAAAGCGGACGAUAUUUUAGAGCAGAGUGACGCAUCGCGUACCGAUCUUGUGCAGAAAGCUGCCAGUUUGAAGAAAGAUGUGGAAGAAAUGAGACAGCAGGUUGCACAAGAGAAAAUUGAACAAGAAGAAGGCUCGAAGCAGAGUCGAGAGAAGGAAGAUUCUAAACGGGACCAAGAAAAAGAAGAUGUAAAAUCAGACCGAGAGAAAGAAGACACGAAAGCCGUGGACCACACGAGAAAAGAUCAGGAUGAUCAAAUCGAGACCUCGUUUAGUGAUGAGGCAAAGAAAAAAGAUCGGAGGAAAGAUGAAAGCGAGAAAGGCAGGUUAGAUGCACGCGAGCCGAUUGAGUCGGAAAGUCCCACGUUGGAUUCUGAAGAGUAUCAACGACACCAGAGCCGACAGGAAGACGAUCUCGUUUCCAGAUCAGACGAAGCGUCAUCUGGAACAAAACCCGACGAGAAUCUCGAUAAAGAGACGCGUAGUGAGAAAACGGACGUGUCUGAGUCGAUCUUAGUGAAGGACCACGAAGAUUCGGAGAAAGCGACCAAAUCUGGAAGUCCGGAAAGUCAAAUAGGUUUAGAGAAAGAGGACACUACACCAAGGACAGCCGGCGUUUCACCGUCAGAAGGAGAAGAGAAAAAGUCGGCGUCGGAAGAAACGAAAAGUAAAUCAAAAGUUAAAUCUGCAACCGUAAAGAGAAAGGCGUCUUUCGAUGAAAGAAGAUCAAAGUCCUCGUCUUCGAAGUCGGAUGAGAGUCCCAAAAAGAGUGGCGGGACUCAAAAAAGGAAAGAAUUUGGUAAGAAGCGCGAAUCUUCCACGAAAAACGUUUCCAUGAAAUUGUCCAGGGAAAAAACGAGCAAAGUAGUUGCAGAGAAGACGUCAGAAGUGCAGAAGGAGGAUGAAAUUGCUGUUGACGGGGUACAAACGAAAGAGGCCACAUCGACCGUCUUAACAAAAAGCUCGAGCAAGGAGUCACCGGAUGAGAAGGAACAAACUGCUCAUAGAAAAUCUGUCGAUUUCUCAUCCUCCAAAGACUCUACGUUAAUGGAAGACAAAUCGUUAAGCGCAGAUACACCAACUGCCACGAAACGAAAGAUUUACGACGAGGAGGAAGUUGCUCAAGACUCGUCUCCUGCAAAGUCCGAUUUAGAAGAUCACAAGGAUGAAGACGAAGCUAAAAAAGUGAAGACACAUCCUAUGGAAGACGCACUGGGGACAGUAGAGACCUUUCGAUAUAUUGACGAAAGUUCCUCGAGUUCUCCGAAAUCGGCGCAAACCAGACGCUCGAGACCGUCAACGGGAAAAAUUAGACAAACUGGACGAUCGUCGGUAAGAAAAUGUUUGUUCGAAAGUUCAGAAGAACGUUCUCCAGAUAGGAGCGCUAUAGUGGCGGUGAUUGAGAGUCCAGAAUGGGACGAAGAGGACGAGGAGAUUGACAAGGAGAUCAGAGACGCUAUCGGGGAGGACGGAGAACACGAGACGGAAGCCGAGGAUGAUAAUGAGAUGGGUGUCAUCAGGGUAUUGCCAAGCACGAGCGAGGAAGAAAUGUCUCGAGCUGGACAUGAUGUUUGCAGGACUUCGGCGACCGACUCGUUAUCCCAAGUACAAUCCGGUACUCGAACUCGUUUGACACGAGUUCAAAGUCCUCAGGAAAGUAGAGUCAGUCGACUGCAAGGGAAACAACGCCGUGACAGCGGCGGCAGGGAUAGUGGCAUAGAACCCAGUCCUAGGGUAUCACGGAUACCGAGAAGAAGAAUCAUGAAAUGUUGUCCAAACACCGAUAAGCAACAAUCCCUUAACAAAGACACCAUAAUAAGAGAUGUCCAAAUCAGUUUACGACGAUAUCACUUGGAAAGAAAGAUAUUCUUCCAACUGAUGGAACUGAAGAGACUACAGAUACGUCAUGGCAGAGCGAAUGAACAAGUUUUGGUUAAGAGACAAGUGGAUGCUUUCCAUAAAGCUGGGAUGUCUGGACCCACCCUUGGUGUGGCAAAAUACGAUCAACCCUUAACGUUCAGACACUUCGAGGCCUUCCUGUACGAUCAGCUCAGGAAGAUUCAAAAAAGACCAGCAACUCCAGACUUCUGUAUGGAAGCGAAGCAGUGCAUCCAAAAAACUCACCGCUGUCAUCACGCCACUAGUGCUUACACUUCUUUCCCAGCGUACACAUAUCUAGGUGGAGGCGGCCAAGAACAAGCGGAUCUUCUUCCGAAGAUAGAGAGCCGUGGAAAGGGGCAAAUGAGGGUGGAAGUAACACAUGGAGAAGAGAAGCAAAUAAUAGCUCUUCCAGCUGAAAGACUGGAUCGUUCGAAAAAAUAUUACGUAACGUUUACUGUAAGAGGGGAAGCACAACAAGAAAUCGAGAAGCCGAAAUCAUCGAUCGGUAUCCAAAGGAAUGCCAAAAGUGUUUAGGAAGUCUUCAACUGCAUUUAUCGUAUCUUCCCACUGUGGUGAUUUUGACUACGUUUUUUCUAUUCGAAGCAAUAUCAAAAACGUUUCCCAUACUUUUUUACACAAUCUUCUAUUCUACCAAUCUUCAUACUAUGCAACUUUCAUAAUAAUUUUAACUUCGUACUAUGCAACUUUCAUAAUAAUUUUAACUUCAUACUAUGCGAUGUUUCACAUUAGAUUUUCUACGAUAGUAUAAAUUGUAGCUUCAUGGCAAAACAUUGAUUCUCCGAUUUUGAAGUAAUGAGUGUGGCAAUACAAAAAAGAAAUUUAAAAACUGCCAGAGAAAAACGGUUCAUGUACAUACUUAGAGUAUGAAGCAGAAUAUAUUCUGUACAAAUUUCAUUGACAUUGCUGUAAAAAUAAUCAACGGUAUAAACGUGUAAGAUUGUAUAAUAUAUUGCAUCGAAAAAGUUCUAUGCAUGGACCCUCAACUUUGUUACACGCGAAUUACAUUGUGUAUAAAUAUUCAAUUGUAUUAGACAAGACAAAUGCGAACUUUUGUAAAAUAAGCUAGAUUGACCCAGUGCAAGUUCAUUGAAAAGAUCUCUUAAUCUUACCUUAGUGUUACAUUAAAUUGUAUUCAUUAAUAAUGGUCAAGAAAAUACGAAUUUAUUCUAUGUGUACAAUAAGAGAUAUUUCGUUCCUGCAAAAGCAGGGACCAUGUUGCAUACAGGUUCUGUAUAUUUGUGUAAAGGAAUCCGCUAACUUGUAAUUCUGUGUAAAAUAAAAAAGAAUCACAAACCGCAUAACU